AUGUCUUGUAUAAUAUUAAAAAGAAAAGAAAAUGAGAUUUAUUUGAAGAACCACAUAAAUAUAUCUUAUACAAAUAGAAAUAUUAUUAGUAAUGAAAAUGAAAGUAGAACAAAAUUAAGUGAAUAUGAAAAUUCCUUUAACAAUAAAAGUUUUAUUGACAAAAGUGGUAUUCAAAUAUAUAAGAAGAAAAGUUUUCACGAUUUAAGUAGUACAAAAAGAAUCAAUUUUUUAUGCAUAUGUAACAGAAAAUUCUCUUCAAGUAGUUCUAUUUCACUUAACCAUAAAUCAAAUAGUAAUAUUAACUUAACAAAUAAUUUCUUAAAUCAAAAAAAUUUAAAAAAAGAAAUUUUAAAUAUCCAUAAAAGGUUAACAGAAAAUUCUUUUAUUGAUAAAAAAAAAGAGGAAAUUUAUUUUUUAUUAAAAAGUGCAAUAAAACCAAAUUUGAAAGGAAAAAUUUAUUUUGUUGGUUCAUGUGAAAAUAAUAUAUGGAUAAAAAAUUCAGAUAUUGAUUGUUGUAUAGUAGUAGAAAAUUGUGAAGAUAAAAAUUCUUAUUUAUACAACUUAAGAGUUAUAAAAAGUGCAAUUAAUUUAAUUUAUCCAUCAUUAACAAUAAAUAUAAUUAAGGCAUCUGUUCCAAUAGCUAAAAUAUAUGAAGAACAAAAUAAUAUAUGUGAUAUAAGUAUUAACAAUACAGCUGCAAUUGUAAAUACAAAAUUUGUUUCAUCAAUCUGUAAUAUAGAUGAAAGAGUUACAAUAAUAAAUAGAAUAAUAAAAUAUUGGGCAAAACAGAAAAAUAUUAAUAACAGAUCUCAAGGUACUUUCAGUUCGUAUGCGUUAUUUUUGUUAACUUAUUACUUUUUUCAAAAUUUAAAUGUUCCAAUAUUACCUUCAUAUAAGUCUUUAGAAAGGGAAGAUGCAUCUUCUUUUGAAAUUAAUAGUGAAUAUUUCUUUUUACAAGACGAAGUACAAAUGCCAUUUUAUACAAAGAUAGAGGAUAUCAAAUCGAAAUUUCCAAAUUUAAAAAAAAACAAAGAAGACAUUUCAAAAUUAUUAUAUGGAUUUUUUGAAUUUUAUUCUAGUGAUAUUUGCAGAAAUGGAAUAACACUAGAUAUAUAUAAUAACCAAAUUAUUGAGAAUAAAGAUAUGACAGCAAAUAUAUAUUGUCCUAUAACAAAAAAAAUUGUAAAUACAUAUAGCAUAAACACUUGGAAAAAAAUGUUUGAAAAAAUUCAAUCAGCUUAUAAUAAAUUAAAAAAUGGAAAUAGUUUAAAUGUAAUAUGUGAAGAAACGAAAGAUAAUACACCAAAUAGAAAAAUAGAUCUUAAAGAUCAUUUAUUGAGAAGAAAAAUUUUUCAAAAUUUAUAUAUGUUUUAA